AUGCCAGAUGCGCGGCUCGUCGACUCAAAGGCUUUGUUCUCCUCUUUCUCCCAUAUUCUCGAUGCCCGUCUCCUUCGUGCACUGGCGGAUAUGGGUUUCGCGCGGCCGACCCUCGUGCAGACCAAGGCAAUUCCGCUAGCUCUUGAAAAUCGUGAUAUUCUGGCUCGUGCGCGUACUGGGAGUGGGAAGACUGCGGCUUAUUGCAUCCCGUUAGUGCAGAAGGUGUUGAACGCAAAGGCUGUGGAGGAUCCUUCAAGACAGAUUACGCGUGCCCUGAUACUAGUCCCAACUCGCGAGCUGUCUGAACAAGUCUCCGCUCACUUGAACAGCUUGAUUGCAUACUGUGACAAGGAAGUGACUAUAGCCAACAUCUGCACCGGUUCAACGACCCAAUUACAAAAGACGCUAUUGUCCGAUCAUCCCGACAUCGUGAUUGCUACGCCUGCGCGAGCAUUGACACUGCUUCAGUCGAAGGCAUUAUUGCUCGAUGCGCUCGAUACAUUGGUCAUCGACGAAGCCGACUUGAUAUUGUCUUAUGGGCAUGAUGAAAGCGUUCGCCAAGUAUUCCAAGGAGGGUUUCUUCCGAAAGUCUUUCAGUCAUUCCUGAUGAGCGCAACUAUGACUGAAGAUGUAGAAGCGCUCAAAGGUCUUGUGCUUCGAAGUCCCGUUAUCCUCAAAUUGGAGGAGGACGAGGAUGAAGCAGCAAAUCUUAGUCAAUAUUAUGUUCGUUGCUCCGAAGUGGACAAAUUUCUGUUGGUCUAUGUAAUCCUCAAGCUGAGGCUCAUUAAAGGCAAAUGCAUUCUGUUCGUAAACGAUGUCGAUCGAUGUUACCGCUUGAAGCUCUUCCUCGAACAAUUCUCGAUAAAGAGCUGCGUACUGAAUUCGGAACUGCCACUCAAUUCAAGAUAUCACACAGUGCAAGAAUUCAAUAAGGGCGUUUACGACUACAUCAUUGCAUCGGACGAAAGUGCUGGACGCACUGAACACGAUUCUGACGAAGAGGAACCACACGCGGAGUCAGAUGAUGAUGAAUAUACAACGACACAGCGUGAGACGCUUUCGGGACAGCCAGCCUCUGAUGAAGAAAAAGAGCAGCCAUCAAGUUCAGGCUCUUCCCUCAAACGUAAACGGCGUUCGGACACACUCGCGACCGAAGGCACUGCCGCCAAAUCUUCAUCCAAAUCGUCCAAGCGUAAGCAGCGCCGGCGGAACAAUGACGCCGAAUAUGGUGUCUCCCGUGGAGUGGACUUUGUCGAUGUCUCCUGCGUGAUCAACUUCGACCUCCCCACUUCUGCGCGCUCAUACACCCAUCGCGUAGGGCGAACGGCACGUGCAGGGCGUACGGGCAUGGCACUCUCAUUUGUAAUUCCGCGGGAUCAGUGGGGGCGCAAUAAGGUCGUCGGCAGCGUGGAAAGUUCAAAGGAGGAUGAGAAGGUAUUUGCGCGUGUUGAGCGGGAACAGGCGGCACGGGGGAGCCAGGUCAAGGAGUACAGCUUCGACAUGAAGCAAGUAGAGGCGUUCCGGUAUCGUAUGGAAGAUGCGCUGCGGUCAGUGACGAGGAGCGCGAUCAAGGAGGCAAGGAUCAAGGAACUCAAGUCGGAGAUUUUGAAUUCUGAUAAACUCAAGGUGACGACGCUCCUGUUGCUGUUUUCAAAAGCGAUGCUCAUCGCCUAUGGCAUUCAGGCGCACUUUGAAGACAAUCCUAAUGAUCUAGAAUAUUUGCGCCACGACAAGCCGUUGCAUCCAACUAGGGUUCAGCCGCAUAUGAAGCAUGUGCCCAAGUACCUGCUACCACGGAUUACUCCGGUGUCUGGGUCGGGUGCAGAAGUCGAUACGCGCGACACAACCGGUGAUCCUGGCUUUGUGCCGUUCAACAAAAGGAACUCGCGUGGUCGCGGACGCGGUAGAGGGCGAGGUGGACGAGGUGGUGCCUCAGGGAGGGGGAGAAAAAAGUCGGAUCCCUUGAAGAAGUUCGGGCGAUAG